CAGAGCAGAGAGGGCUCAGGCAGAGAAAACAAGAGCAGAAGAUGAAGAAGCUGGUGGUGUUUUUGCUCUGCCUGGUCCUGCUGACCAUUUACACAGAUGCCAGCCCUAUCAUCAAGGAGAGCUUUGCUAAGCAGCUGCUCCGCAGUAAGAGGCAGGAGCGGCCAAGGAAGCCCGGCUACCCCGAUGAGCCAAUGAGGGAGCAUCUGCUCCACAUGCAGGCUCUGGAUCAGAGGGCCCAGGAGACUAACAUGGAGCACUGGCUGAACCCUCACUGCUACCCUCGCUGUGACAGGAACUACGGUCACCCCGUUUAAAGAUAACGACAAAGUGAAAGGACAGGAGGUGACAACAUGGGCUCAACAACGACAACAGUGGAAAACAGAAGGAGGGACAGACCUUGUCCCUGUGUCUCCUGAAGUAUAAUGACCUGAAUGAAGGCUCACGCCUGGAUAAUCUUACUGUAUUACAGCUGUGUAGUUUGCUGAAUAGUUUCUCGGUAGUUUCUACAUUUAUUAUCUAAGCUGUGUAUCACACCAUCAUCACAGACUGAAAUGUGUUAGAAGUUAAUGUAAUAAAAUAAAUCAAUCAGAAUGCACGGCUGCUUUUAG